GAGACUCUCAACAACGAGGGAUUUCUAGACAUUAAGAAAAACCGCGCUUACUGAGGUGGCCAUGCUUUUGUACGAGCCGAAGAAGCCGUUGCACAUUCCCGGAACUAUAUGACUUAGUAAACUAGAGUAAUGCUCGGCCUCCGUUACGGACGAAUCCCGGCCGCCGCCCCGAGGAGUCAGCUCCACAUCAGCAAUUGCCAUCGCAACACCUUCACCCCACUAUGAAAGUAACAUGGCCGCCCUUAUUUGGUAUGGUUCCGUGACAGGAAUUCGGGUCUCCGUCAACUACAUCGCGUCUAUUAUUUGGUGUCGUUAAGAGUAACAUGGAUUCAUUAAGCAACGCGAGUAACACUUCCAAGAAGAGACCCUCCAAGAGUCUUCGCCGGGCAUGCUGGGAAUGCAAAAAACCCAAGGUUCAAGUCGAUGUUAGCCCAGCGACAAUCAGCCCUCGCACAAGUAUGGACAACCCAGGACCGGAUCGGGUAGACGAAGUAAACCCAUGCUCGAAACACAUCCAAGAAAGGCUGUGCAAACUCGAGCAGUUAUUUGAGAGAUUCGUGUGUCGUAAAAAUGCCACCACAGCCGCAGUCAAUACUGCGCCGCGCAGUCCUACCCUCACUGCCUCGGGCUCUAGUGAGAAAGAAAGCAAACCGGAUAUGUCCGGAUACCGAAGUGACGCGUACAGCAUCUCCUCACUGGGCGACGGUAUUCUCGGAGCAUAUACAUGGACGUCAGCGCCUUCUAUCCGUACCUUGGUCGACAAACCGGGGACCAAAGGGCAGCCUGCAGGCUAUGACAGAAACCAUCGAACACUGGCAGCCCUACUACCCUCACAACAUGAUGCAGACAUCAUCUUCGAAUCGUCUAAUGGGUGGAUGAUCCUAGAAGGCAUCUACCGGGCUUCCAAGGAAAUCUAUGUCCACAAGGACUUGCAGUCGUAUGCUCUGGACAUGCAAGCCGUUGCACAAGAGCGAACCAUUAUCGUGGCGCGCACGCUUUUACAUUUGGCGAUUUGUAUCAACUCUCUCCCACCAGAGUUCGACUGUUCGCGACUCUCGAGCAUGUGGAAUUUAGACGCAACGAUGCAAAACUAUGUUUCAACGGUAACAUCACUUGUAACUUCCUCAGAUGAACAGAUGAUGACUCUGCAUGGACUCGAGACGCUGUUGCUCUUGGCUCUUUUUCACAUGAACAGUGCUUCACUGCGGCAGUCAUGGCUCGUUGUGCGCCGCGGUCUUAGCCUGGCCCACCUGAUGGGGUUCCAACGCAUUAUCGCGCAAGAGGAUCUUAACCCGGCAAUCCCGGCGGUCACGAAUGCAAAAUCGAUCUGGCGCUCCUUCGUCGACCUUGAUCGGUAUCUGGGACUACAUCUCCGCCUGCCGUUCGGCGCGGAUGACUAUCCAAUUGCGACAGAUGCCGAUGCACAUCUAAUCCAUCGUUCGAAACUCAAUUACAUGACGAGACAAGUGGCAGAGCUUGAUCGCGAUGUCUCACCCCAAGCAUACUCAGCGGCGCUGGCACUGGACGAACAGCUGGAGUUAUGCAUGAAGGAGAUGCCCAAGGACUUUUGGGAGGUGCCAAACAUCCCGUCUACGGCAAGAUCACCAGAGUCAUUUGCUACUUUGGAACGACUGAUGGUGCAAGUCUGGCACUUUGAGAUGAAGAUAUUCAUCCAUUUGCCUUAUCUACUCAGAGCACAUCUGGACAACCGAUAUGAUUACUCCAAGGUCACCGCGUUACAGGCCUGCCGAAACGUCUUGAUGAGAUGGUUUGCCCUUCGCAACUCAAAUAUCACACAAGCCUGCUGUCGUUUCGCCGAGAUCGGAGUGUUCAUUGCCGCCGUCACUCUCACACUCGACAUCGUCAUCGAGCUGGGCACAAAGGAGAAGAGCGAGGUGAAGAAGACCAAAGGAACAGAUUUUGCUAUGAUCUGCCGUCUUAUCGGCGAGAUGGAAAAGCUGGCCAGCGCAAGCCCACGCGAAAGGAUCGCGGCGCGCAGUGCUGUGGUGCUUAAGAAGAUCCUCUCGUCCCUAGACCCGAGCAAACAGCCCGUUGGCAAAGUACGCCAUACAAUACCGUUCUUCGGAACAGUGGAGUUGGAGUUUAUGAAGCUGCCCAUACGGCCAGUAUUCGACAUCGACUCUGAUGCAGGCAAGCUGUUGAACGCCACUGCUACGGGGCAACAUCUUCCAGUGUUUUCGUUCAUCGACAACUCUUUGUGGCCGCCGGCUGACGACGAGUCAGAUCAAUGGGAUAUUGUCCUAUUUGACGGUCUUGAAGACCGCGAUACCCAGGGCAACUGGGUGUUCUAGGAUGGUGUUCAUUUCGCUUGAGGUAUUGUUUAAUCCGGAUAUAAACCACUCUCAUCCCAGGGCUCCGGAUACCGCCCUGCGUGUGCAUUCAGUAGCGCACAAGGUCCCUGCGACCCUUUCUUUUUGUUGGAGAACAUUGGAUGCACGGUUAAAUGGGCCAAUGAUUUUGUUUAAAGUUGUCUCCGGCGCACUGGUUGAUUCACCUUUAGCGUAUCCUAUGUAAUAUUGUCGGUUUCUGCGUUUGUUUCCUUCAACAAUGAUAUCCCUAGGGGUGGCGAAUGGGCACAGGCUGGACAGCGGGGUAAAGGCGUUUCAGUAGCAGUCGCACAACAAGCGCGGAUGGUGUGAUUAGUAUCGCGCACAGGCGAAUCGAAUUGAAAGAUCAAGUCUACCAACAAGCAAAAGCAAAGCGCACUAGUGUCGCCAGGUGAUGCACCGUGUU